AAAUUUUCUGAGCGGUUCGAAACGGCAGUUAAUUUGAUUCCCUCGUAUCUCAUGUUCGUUUAGCAACAAAUGUCGUCGACUCGUCGUAUUCGCACUGGAGGGCCGGAGCCCUAGUCAGAACCCCCUGAAUAGUACCCUGCACGCCUGAACUUCGAAUACCCGCACGAAGGGCAAUUCGGACGCAGUUUGGGAAAGUUCCUCUCCUCUGUGUGUGUGUGUGUGUGUGGAGCCCGAAGCCAUGACUGGUGGGGGGGUUGAAGUGACGAGAGCCUUUAUAGGAGCAGGGUGCAACAGAAUCGUCAACAAUGUCUCCUGGGGCGCCUGUGAUUUGGUAGCCUUUGGUGCCCAACACGCCGUCGCUAUUUUUUGCCCUAAGACUGCACAGAUUUUGACUACACUGCCGGGUCAUAAGGCUGCUGUGAACUGCACCCAGUGGCUUCCAAGCAAUAAGUAUGCAUUUAAAGCUAAACAGUUGGAGCAGCAGUAUCUGCUUUCUGGAGAUGCCAAUGGCACCAUUAUAUUAUGGGAACUGUCUCUUACAGAAGGAAAGUGGAGGCAUGUUUUGCAACUUCCACAAUCACACAACAAGGGUGUUACAUGCAUUACCGGAAUUAUGGCUUCUGAAACUGAAGCAAUAUUUGCAUCAUGUUCUUCAGAUGGCACUGUUUAUGUUUGGGAAAUGGUCCUUCCUUAUAAUAUUGGAGGAAACUGUAAGUUGUCAUGUCUGGAAUCCCUCUCUGUUGGUUCGAAAGCUAUGGUUGCACUUUCAUUAGCUGAAUUGCCUGGAAAUACGGGCCAUAUAGUCCUAGCAAUGGGAGGAUUGGAUAAUAAGGUUCAUCUGUAUACUGGGGACAGGACAGGAAAGUUUGUGCGUGCUUGUGAGUUAAAAGGGCAUACUGAUUGGAUUAGAAGCUUGGACUUCUCGUUGCCUAUGUGUACGAAUAAUAAUGAAUCAAACAGCCUUCUACUUGUAAGUUCAUCACAGGACAAAUGCAUACGAAUAUGGAAGGUGUCUUUACAUAGUUCUCCAGCCAAUUCUAAAGGUGUACAUAGGAAAAAGGAAAUAAGUUUGGCAUCCUAUAUUGAAGGUCCUGUAUUUGUGGCUGGUCCAUCAUCCUAUCAAAUAUCUCUGGAGUCUCUUCUAAUCGGACAUGAGGAUUGGGUGUAUUCAGUGGAGUGGCAACCACCUUUGAUUGCAUCUGCUGAAGGGACUGCCUGUCAGCCUCAAAGCAUUUUAUCAGCAUCUAUGGACAAGACAAUGAUGAUAUGGCAACCUGAAAGAACCACUGGUAUCUGGAUGAAUGUAGUUACUGUUGGGGAAUUAAGUCAUUGUGCUUUAGGUUUUUACGGUGGCCAUUGGAGCCCAAGUGGAGAUUCAAUUUUGGCUCAUGGAUAUGGUGGAUCUUUCCAUCUCUGGAAGAAUGUUGGUGUAAAUUUUGAUAAUUGGCAACCUCAAAAAGUUCCCUCUGGGCACUAUUCAGCAGUGACUGAUAUUGCAUGGGCUCGGGGUGGUGAAUACAUGCUGUCAGUCAGUCAUGAUCAGACAUCUCGAAUUUUCGCUCCAUGGAAAAAUCAGGAUUCUCUUAGAGAUGGGAACUCUUGGCAUGAAAUUGCUCGCCCUCAAGUUCAUGGGCAUGAUAUUAACUGUGUGACAAUCAUCCAUGGAAAGGGGAACCAUCGUUUUGUUAGUGGGGCUGAUGAAAAAGUUGCCAGGGUGUUUGAAGCACCUUUGUCAUUUUUGAAGACACUUAAUCAUGCAACUUCAAAAAAAUCUAUUUUUACGGAAGACCUACAAGUUGAAGUCCAGAUUCUGGGUGCCAAUAUGUCUGCUCUGGGGUUAUCUCAGAAACCUAUUUAUGUUCAGGCCACCAACGAGGCCUCAGACAGAAAUGGGAGUGAUGGCCUUGACACCCUUGAAACUAUUCCAGAUGCUGUUCCCACUGCAUUGACCGAACCUCCUAUUGAAGAACAACUGUCAUGGCACACACUUUGGCCAGAGUCUCACAAACUUUAUGGUCAUGGUAAUGAGCUGUUUUCUAUAUGUUGUGAUCAUGAGGGGAAGUUUGUUGGUUCAUCAUGCAAGGCUCAAUCAGCAACAGUAGCAGAAAUUUGGCUAUGGGAAGUGGGUUCAUGGAAGGCAGUUGGCCGGUUGCAGUCUCACAGCUUAACUGUGACACAUUUGGAAUUCUCACAUGAUGACAAUUUUCUAUUAGCUGUGUCAAGGGAUCGCCAAUUCUCUGUUUUCUCAGUCAAAAGAACAGGUGUGGACGAAGUUAGUUCCCAGCUUCUAGCAAGGCAGGAGGCACACAAAAGAAUUAUAUGGGCAUGUUCUUGGAAUCCAUUUGGGCACGAAUUCGCAACAGGUUCAAGGGAUAAAACAGUGAAGAUCUGGGCUGUGAAGAGGGAAUCAGUUAAGCAACUUAUGACUUUACCACAGUUCAACAGCAGCGUUACUGCACUAUCUUGGGUUGGUAUUGAUAGUCGGAGCAAUGAUGGGCUCCUUGCAGUUGGAAUGGAAAAUGGACUUAUUGAACUCUGGCAUCUCUCAUUAAGAACAGAAGAUGGUUGUAUAACAGUGCCAGGGGCAACUGCUGCUCUUGUUGUACGGUUGGAUCCGUUAUUGUGCCAUGUUUCAACGGUGCACUGUUUAGCAUGGAGGAACUCUAAGAAGAGCCGAGAUUGUAGUAUGAUGCAACUUGCUUCUUGUGGUGCUGAUCACUGCGUUAGAGUUUUUGAGGUAAAUGUUGAUUUGAGUGCAGCAAGAUUGCCAUCCUCAUAAUGCAGACAAAUUUCUAAGACCAAGUUCAACUAAAAUUUUCUAGAACUGGAUUUGUUACUCGUGGACUUGGCCACCUGUCACAAAUUUCAGUCUCUGGUGCUUGGAACCAGCAAAAGUUGGAGCAUUGACUCGGCAUAUAUUAGCUUGGAAGUUUUUAUAGGUCACAAUGGCGCUGUCAGCCUGGCAUCUGAAUGGAAGCAACUCUCUCGAGAAUCACCAGCUGGUUCAUGAGCGUGUUUGGUUGAGCUUGAGGCGGUGUUUUGGGGAAGCAAUUGUUGCCGGAUUUAGGAAUGAAAAAUUGGUAGCUGUACCCUCAAGAUGGGUUCUAAUUUAUUUCUGAUUGUUUUCACUGAUAAAUUAUGAUAGCUGGUAAAAUAGGUUUUUGAGCCGUACCAUCCAUUGAUUUAUGAUUAUAUAUAUAGUUUGGGUGAAUUUCUUUGUUGGCAAGAGGCUGAUGCAACAAUUUACUAUGAUGGUUCUACUUUUAUGAUGCUUUUAGGAAAAUCCAUAUCAAUAUUAUUAUUUCUUAUGAAAGGGAAAUAAUUUAGCUGUCGGCCCA